UCUACAUCAUAGCACACCUACUCAGUGACCUCCAACUUCUACAACGCAACAUGACAAACCGAUUGCUAAUGCGUACAGUUAGCAAGAUCACCAAAAGUAUGACUCGCAGACACAAGGAUCCGAUUUGGGACUUUUCGGAACAGCGAUGAGAACCCACCCUACGAUGUGGACCCCUCUUGUUGAUAAGCUUAUCAACUAAAAUGGAAGCUGCAAAAUCAGGUACGGAUCCCGACAUGCUUGUCGGCAGAUUGCUGCCUAUGAUGCGGAUCGAUGAGCGUCAUGGAAACUUGAUGGAUGUGGUUAUGUGUAUCGCGGGGGUUCAAUACAUGGAAGUAGUGGGGUGAGUAGUAUUCAUUGAUAUCUUCGACUUGAGAAUAAUCCCAAGAUAUCUGUUUGAAAGAAAUCCCUUCUCUUACCCAAGUAUAUCCUUUAUUUCUGAAUUUACAAAAAAACAAAGAAGAAAUCAUCAUAAUGGCUUCAACAUCCCCAACACCCGAAUCCCUCCUCCCAGGAAACGGCAAACCAAGCAACCCCACCGCACCCCGCGGUCCCUCAUCCAAACUCUUCACCCCCCUCACAAUAGGAAACGGAACCCUCCCCCUCACCCACCGAAUAAUUCUCGCUCCCCUAACCCGCAAUCGCGGGACCCCUCAAAACACAAGUCCUGAACCAAACUCCCCAAACCGAACAUGGCUUCCCAACACCUUAAUGAAAGAAUACUACCUCCAACGCACCACACCCGGCGGCCUCCUAAUAAGCGAGGGCAUCCCCCCAAACCUCGAAGGAAACGGCAUGCCCGGCGUCCCAGGACUGUUCUGCGCUGAACAGGUUGAAGGAUGGAAAUCCGUGGUCGCAGCUGUGCAUGCGAGGGGAGGAUUCAUGUAUGCGCAACUCUGGAACGCGGGACGGGCGUCGAUUCCGCAACAUACUGGGAUGCCGACUAUCUCUGCGAGUGCGACGCCCUAUGAGGGCGAUGAGGUGUAUCCUCAUCCCCCGCCUGGGAGUGCGGUGCAAGUGAGGUAUCGAGGUUUCCCGCCUACGGCUUUGGACCAGGAGGGGAUUGAGCGUCAGAUUAAGGAUUAUGUACGUGCUGCGAAGCGAGCUGUAGAGGAUUGUGGGUUUGAUGGUGUGGAGUUGCAUGGUGGGAAUGGGUAUUUACCUGAGCAAUUCCUUUCCUCGAAUAUCAAUGUAAGGACCGACGCGUAUGGAGGAACGCCAGAAAAUAGAUGUAAAUUCGUACUGGAUCUUGUUGAUGCGCUUGUGGAGGCAAUUGGCGAGAACAAGGUGGCAAUCAGACUAACCCCCUUUGGAAUGUAUAAUCAAGCGAGAGGAACGGAAAGACUGGAGACGUGGGGACAUUUGUGUAGAGAGUUGAAGAAGAAACAUAAUUUGAGCUAUGUACAUUUUGUCGAGCCGAGAUAUGAGCAAGUCUUGAGUUUGAAGGAGAAGAAUGAAUGUAAGAAUUCUCCUCUCCCUUAUUCGAUCGUUACUAACACACCUCCAAACAGUCCUCGAAUCUUGGGGCUUCUCUGAUAUCGACCUCAAGUUUUUCCGUGAUAUUUUUGGAGAUACCCCAUUUUUCAGUGCUGGUGGAUGGAACGACCAGAACCUCUGGGGUGUCUUGGAAGAAGGAGCGUAUGAUGCAUUUGCUAUUGGACGACUAUUCCUUAGUACACCAGAUAUUGUAGAAAGAUUGAAGAACGGCAAUCCUUUGAAUGCUUAUGAUAGAACGCGGUUCUACGGCCCAUUUCCGGAGCCUGAGAUUGGAUAUACGGAUUACCCUACUUGGGAGGAAGUCCAAAAGUCUGGAAAGGAAAUCGCUUAGUGUAAGCUUGGAUGGAAUGGGGCGAUUGGAGUAAACAACAAUGGAAUACACUUGUAUAACCGAAUAGACAGAACCGCCAAAACGACGGCAUGAAAUACCGUACUACUGGGACGAGGUCGAGGAAGAAUGAGCGUUCUAGUUAGAAGGAUAGAUAGUUUCAUGUGUAAGAUCUUACGAGUAAGAGAGAUGGA